UUCUUUAAUUCUUAUUGUUCGCCAGUUCCCCCACCACUUGGCCAAUGCAAGAAAGAGACAAAGCAACCCACACGACAACAUUAAAACUUAAAAUUAAUAAAACACACCAAUAAUUCUCUUCUCUCUCUUCCUCAGCGUCGUCAACGACGAUUCUCAAAAGACCCCAAAAAAAUCAAACUCUCUUUUUCAGUUUUCUUUUUCCUUUUUUUUCCCCCUUAUAGUCUAGGGUUCCCAAAUCUGAAAUCAAAAAAUUACGAAUUACAUCACGUUAAUCCAGUUCUCACCAAAUCGGGAUGGAGUUGGGUCUGUGUGAUCCGAACCCGGUUCGGUUUAAGAGGAAGACACUUCAGGCCGUGCUGGAACAGUGUCAGAGAGCCCUUGAACUGAUUAAUGCUUCCGAUGACGAAGACGAUUGCGAUUGUGAUUCUAAGGGUCAAGCUAAUUUGACCAAUGAAGGACCACGCCCCGAUCCAGAAACCGAUCAGUUAUGUGAUCUGCUCAAAUCUAGUCUUGAAUGCCCUGACUUCCUUGAAAAGUUAGAGUAUGCCCAGCAAUCAGUUUCGCAGAGCAUGGCUGAAGGCAAUUCUUGGGAUUUGGUCAGUGAAAAUGAUCUUUGGGAAGGUGAAGGUGUUGACUCAGACCAAGAAGAUUAUGUCCUUGUUAGACAAGAAGAUAUAGUGGAGGGAAUUGCUUGCUUCAUGGCUACAUAUUUGUUAUCCCUUAAGCAAACCAAGGAUUUGACUCCAAAUCAGCUCCAGGAAGCGCUCAGCAAGACGUUUUCUGUGAAAAAGAAAAAGGGAAAGCUUCGAAAGGCAUGGGAUGGGAGCAAAGUUAUUUAUAAUGUGGCAUCAUGGGGGGCUACAGCCAUUGGGAUAUAUCAAAAUCCUGUUAUUGUCAGGGUUGCAACUAAAGCAUUCUGGUCUUCUUGUCAAGUUAUAUCAAAGCUACUCUGAUUUGCCAAUGCAGCUUGGAGAAAAAAGUUGUGAUGUAGUAAUUUGACUGUUUAACUUUUGCUUGUGCUGCAAUUCAGCUUGGUUUUCUAUCCCCGUUUGAUGUAAAAUUCAAUUUGUUUACACCACAGAUCAAUUGAUCUUAAUGUAGUUUGAUCUUGUAAAUAUCUCUAUUCAAAUGUUCCGAGUGCAAUUCAAAUUGUUAUUCACAACUCAGGCUUGUAACAUAUCAUUUCCCUUCCCCCAUCUCAGAACCCAACUGCCAUUUAUCUCAGUAUCAGUCAUCUA